CAGCUGUGUGAUAGUGACCGUGACUUUUGUGACUAAAUUUACAAUGCGUUGCAUACUCAUCAUUGUUACCAUCGUGGUAAUGACAGAAGCCAGACCUGGUCUGCUCUUCGCUGAACCAUUACAACCAUUGGGCAUCCAAUACGCUCAUCCGGCAGCUCCAGUUGUCCACUCUCAUCCAGCAGUUGAACUGAACGCGGCUAGUGAAGCGCUUCUACCUCCUGACCUUCUGAAGUCUAAUAGGUUCUAUGACAACCCAGCUAUCGCUGCAGGUCUCGCUAAAGAGUCCUGGUUCACCAACAAAGAGAUGCAAGUUGUAGAAAGAGAAGCGGAGAAGAUACCGCGGGAAAAUAUUUAUAAGAUAGUUAAAAGUGCUGGAUUUUUAGACAAUCACUAAAAUGUAGAGGACUAUCGACAGUGACAUUGAAAGUAUUGUUGUCUCUAUUUUAUCAAAGAAAAUGAAAGAGAAAGCUAUAUAUGUCACUGCAGCUGGGUUAGACAAGAUGCAUUCGUUUCGAAGCGAUUCAAUAGCGUACUUCAAAUAUGUAUAGAUAACUAACAGAUAAGUCAUGUUAUUGUCGCGCGACAAUUUCAGACAUUUUUGAAGUUCGCUAUGGAGUCGGUUAGAAACGAAUGCACUUUGUCUAAACCACAUGAGUUCUACAGUUAAACGGAAUAACGA